CUCUCUCUGAAGAAAAUAGAAAUAGGAGAUGAAAUUGAUUACAACUAUGGUGAUUCAAAAUGGCCUUGGCGCAGUAAGUUGAAAAAAAACCAAGCUCCAGCCGCAGCAUUAGAGAAUGAGACUAGCCCUGUUCCUCAGAUGCCUAAAUGAUGGACCAAACCCAGAUCGACCUGCACACAGGUGAAAGGCCUUCAGACUCCAGCCGCAGCAUUAGAGAAUGAGACUAGCCCUGUUCCUCAGAUGCUAAAUGAUGGACCAAACCCAGAUCAGACCUGCACACAGGUGAAAGGCCUUCAGACUCCAGCCGCAGCAUUAGAGAAUGAGACUAGCCCUGUUCCUCAGAUGCUAAAUGAUGGACCAAACCCAGAUCAGACCUGCACACAGGUGAAAGGCCUUCAGACUCCAGCCGCAGCAUUAGAGAAUGAGACUAGCCCUGUUCCUCAGAUGCUAAAUGAUGGACCAAACCCAGAUCAGACCUGCACACAGGUGAAAGGCCUUCAGACUCCAGCCGCAGCAUUAGAGAAUGAGACUAGCCCUGUUCCUCAGAUGCUAAAUGAUGGACCAAACCCAGAUCAGACCUGCACACAGGUGAAAGGCCUUCAGACUCCAGCCGCAGCAUUAGAGAAUGAGACUAGCCCUGUUCCUCAGAUGCUAAAUGAUGGACCAAACCCAGAUCAGACCUGCACACAGGUGAAAGGCCUUCAGACUCCAGCCGCAGCAUUAGAGAAUGAGACUAGCCCUGUUCCUCAGAUGCUAAAUGAUGGACCAAACCCAGAUCAGACCUGCACACAGGUAUUUACUGUCCAAGGAUUUUCACUGGUUGAUUAUCCAUAUAGUGAUGAAACUGAUGAGGAUGGUAUGGAAAACGAACCUCCCACCCCACACCUGGAUGUCAUUUUAGGGCAGAAUGAUAUUGGACCAGAUGUUUCAAAUCAUUUGUACGAUUCAGAUGAAACUGUUGUGAAAGAAACUUGUGAUGAGGCUUCUCCAAGCAACCAUUCCAACAAUCAAUCGGAUGAUGAACUUGUUCCACCACUGAGACGCACAAAAAGCAUUAUGAUGGAUAGAGUACAAGAUUUUACCCACAGUCUCUAUGAUAGUGACAGCCCAGAGGAGACUACUUUUUUUAAGCCUGAAAGGGAUUCACAGAAGCUGAGAAGAAGGUCUUGCCGUCCCAUUCAGAUGAAUCUCAUGGAAUCGGAUGACUCAAACUUAGGUAGCGAAGAGGAGUAUAUUCCAAAUCCCAUAGAUGAAAGCACAGAAAGUGAUAGCAGUAUGGAAUUAACCCUGGGAAAGGAAAAAAAGAACAAAGGUGCAUCAUCCAGUCAGAGCAAGUUUAAGCCCAGAGAGAGAAGUAGAUCUUCCAGAGAGAGUGGAAGCGAGUCCUCCAGACAGAGCAAGUCUAAGCCCAGGGAAAGUGGAAGUAGAUCCUCCAGAGAGAGUGGAAGCGAGUCCUCCAGACAGAGCAAGUCUAAGCCCAGGGAAAGUGGAAGUAGAUCCUCCAGAGAGAGUGGAAGCGAGUCCUCCAGACAGAGCAAGUCUAAGCCCAGGGAAAGUGGAAGUAGAUCCUCCAGAGAGAGUGGAAGCGAGUCCUCCAGACAGAGCAAGUCUAAGCCCAGGGAAAGUGGAAGUAGAUCCUCUAGUCAUAGCCAAUUUGACUUUAGCCAGAGAAGACUUUUGGAAAGAUGUCAUGAUCCCACACAAAGAUUUCCAAAUAGCAGAGUUGAUGGGAAUGAAAAGGAAAUCGCAACAUAUUCUGAAAACAACGUUUCAGUGCCCCUGGAAGAAGAGCAGUAUAUCAUUGUCAGUCCAACUUUAAAGAAAGAUGAUGGAUCCAGAAGCUAUAACAAGAAACAUUUCUGCUUUUAUUGCAGGAAGUUUGUCCAGAAAAUGUCAAGACACUUGUGGCGUAAACACCAAGAUGAAUUGGAUGUUGCGAAAGCAUUCAGUUUUCCAAAAAACUCAAAGGAAAGAAAACUACAAUUGGACUACAUACGAAAUAAGGGAAAUUUCGAGCACAACAGUCAUGUUUUGGAAACACAAAAAGGAAAACUAAUCCCAUGUAAACAACCAGGAAAAAAAUCAGAGGGACAUAAAUUUGCACAUUGCAUUCACUGCUAUGGGCUGUUCUCAAGAAGAGCGAUGUGGCGGCAUUUCAAGGUCUGCAGCUUCAAACCCGAAAGUACUAAACCAGGUAAAAAUAGAGUUCAGGCAUUGUGUGCUUUCGCUGAACCUUCUCCAUCGGAAUAUACAGACGCGUAUUGGAAGUUCUUGAGUGUAAUGAUUCAGGACAAGAUUGCAGUUGCAAUUAAAGGAGACAACUGCAUCCUCAAUUAUGGUUUCAGGUUGUUCAAAAAGAAUGAGAAGAUAGUCAGUCAACACCAGUAUAUACGCCAAAAACUGAGAGAACUUGGCAGGCUUUUAUUGGAAGCUAAAAAAAUCACACAUGUGAAGACCAUUCAAGAACUCAUCAAACCUGAACAGUACUCCCAGGUUGUCAGAGCUGCAAAGAACCUAUCUGGAUUCAGUGAGGAAACUGGCAUAUACCAAUGUCCCUCUCUUGCACGCAAGGUAGGGCACAGCCUGCAUUCGUUGGCUAUGUUUAUCAAGUCUGAAGGACUGAAAAAGAAAGAUAAAGAAACCAUUAAAGAUGCUGAGGAGUUUGCACAGUUGUAUUUAGAGAGUUGGAGGUUUGAUAUUGCAGGCCAGGCAUUAACCCAGCUUAACCGGGCCAAAUGGAAUGCACCGCAACUUUUACCUCUUACACAAGAUAUCCAAAGGCUACAUUGCUAUCUAGAAGAAAAACUGCAGCAACAUCUCAAAGAUUUAAAAGAACAUCGUUCAUCCACAAAUUGGAAGGAACUUGCAAAAGUAACGCUGACUCAAGUUAUGCUUUUUAAUCGGCGGAGAGCAGGUGAAGUGUCCCGAAUGCGCCUGUCUGCAUACUUAUCGAAGGACACAUCAGAGGAACAGGGAGAUGUAAAUUUGGCCCUCACAGCGCUUGAGCAGAAGCUCUGCAGGCAUUUUGUGCGAAUAGCAAUUGUUGGAAAAAGAGGAAGGAAGGUUCCUGUUCUUCUAACCCCAUCAAUGAGAGAAUCACUUGAUGCUCUUACUGAGAGCAGAGAAGAAUGUGGGGUGCUGAAGGACAAUGAAUAUCUGUUUGCAUUGCCACAAUCUGACCAUUACCUCAGGGCUUGUGACUGCUUGAGGCAAUUUGUCAGUGAAUGUGCAGACAUAAAAAAUCCUCAAGCGCUAACAUCAAUUCAACUGAGGAAACAUAUUGCUACCCUGUCUACUGUUCUGAACCUUAAAACCACCGAGCUCGACCAGUUGGCAGACUUCCUUGGUCAUAAUAUCGCUGUUCACAGGAAACACUACAGGCUCCCAGAAAGCACCCUACAAUUAGCCAAAGUAAGUAAAGUCCUUCUGGCAAUGGAACAAGGACGCCUAGGAGAUUACAAAGGAAAGAGCCUCGAUGAAAUACAAGUCGAUGUAAAUGAGACCAUUGACAUGGAGGGACCUUUAGCAGAGGACAUUGAAGAUGUCAGUAUGCUAGGAGAAGAUGGGUCAGAUGAUGAGGUCAGCAUGUCAUCCACGCAAGAAUGUACCUCCACAUCACAAAGUCAAAACCAGGGAGUGUCUGCCACCGAUGUCAGUAUGCCAAGAGAAGAGGGGUCAGAAGAUGAGGUCAGCAUGUCAUCCCUGCAAGAAUGUUCCUCCACAUCACAAGUCCAAAACCGAAGUGUGUCUGCAAAAAAGAGAGGAAAACAAACGGCCGUCAAAAGAAGCUGGACCCCAGACGAGUGUGCUGCAGUGGACACACAUUUGAGGAGAUUUAUUGUAAUGAAUCAAGUUCCUGGUAAAGAAGAGUGUCAGCGCUGUAUUACUGCAGAACCUCAAGCUCUCAGAAACAGGGACUGGAAAGCAGUUAAAUAUUAUGUUAAAAAUCGCAUUACAGCCCUGAGAAGAAAAGUCUAGUGUACCUAAUGGAACUGAGGUAAAACCAAAACAUUAGAGGUAGGAUCUUAAAAUGUUUUGUAUUUGGUUGUGUUCUGUUGUAACCUUGUUGUUGUUGUUGUUGUUGUUGUAGGGGUUUGCUCAGGUUUUAUGGCUGUCCAGUGGCCUACAAAUAUACAGUUAUACAAUAUACAGUUCUUAUUUAAUUUAAUUUUUUAUUUGAUGGAUGUAGGAUGGAUGUUGGAUGGAUAUUGAAUAGAUGUUUGAUGGAUGGAUGGAUGUUGGAUGGAAGUUCGAGAGCUGGGUGGAUGUAGGAUAGAUGAUGGAUGAAUGUUGGAUGGA